AUGGAAAUUAAAUACAACAGAUCUCUAAGCGGAGUUCCUGAAAAUCAAUAGCAAUAACCUCUAAGAAGAAUUACCAAGACCUAUAUAGAAAACAGAGACCCUGUAAGAAGGAAUUUGACAAUGUUGUAUAAUGAAGACACUCAACAAAUCAACAAAUCGAUGCUUAGUAGCAACAACGACUUAAGAAGGAAAAUGCUUAAUUAAGAGAGAGUUAAAAGAUCCCUGAAUCAAGAUGUGUUGGAAGACAAAGAGAAUGUGCCUCAACACAAGGGACUCACAACCAAGCUCUACACUCUCCCUCAAGAAUUGUAGAAUAUCUCAAUUAAACCCAAAUUCGAUCACACUAUUCAGGAAAAUAAAAAUCUGUAAAAGUGUUACACAGAUGAAAUAUUUUUCUAUUUAAAAGAAUAAGAAAAAAAGUCAACACCAUAAGAAUUUUUGAAAAAUCAUUCAAUUCCUAGCAAUUUGAGAGCUAAAAUGAUUGACUGGAUGGUGGAAGUACUCUGCUCUUAUAAAUGCACCGAUUAAACAUUCUUCGUAGCUGUGAGAACCUUGGAUUUUUAUUUUGCAAAAAGCGAAAAGUAAUUAGAAGUGUCUGAUCUACAUUUAUGUGGUGUCACUUCUAUGUUCAUUGCUGCCAAAUACGAAGAAAUUCAUCCCAUGAAAUUAUCUGUUGUUUAUGAGAAAAUAGCUCAUAAAAAAUUAACAACUGAUCAAAUUAAAAAGAAAGAGAGUGACAUACUCUAAACUAUUGGAUUUGAUCUAGUUGGCGGAACACUUUUUGACUUGUACAAUCUAAUACUUACUAAUUGCUUUAUUGAAUCUAAAUUACUUGAGAAAAAUUACAAAUAUUUAAAAAAACUAUGUUUGUAUCUUUCCAAAAUGGUUUUGUUUGAUUAUGAGAUUUGCGGCAAGAAUAAUUAUACUUUAUUGGCUGCUGCUUUAAUUUUUGUUGCAUUUAAAAUAGUCGAAUAAUUAGAAACUACUUUCAAUGCUGAUAGUUAAAUUAAGGAUGUUGCUUAAAUUAUUUAAGUAGAUCAAGAUUAGUUAGUAGAAGUUGCAGCAAAAAUCUUGAAUUUGGCUAAAAACUUUGAGAAACACUUUCCCAAUUUAGAAAAUUUAAAAAAAUUUAAUGGAUUUUAGUGUAGAAGAUGGGAUGAAUAAUGACAUAUAAAUAAAUUACUUUUAUAAAUAAAUA